AUGGCACUUUACACCUUCUACAAACAAACGCAUCGACCACCACCUAUCAUAAGUCCGCCUGUGAUCCAGAACUUUCCAGCAAUAGAAGCUGUGAUCCUAUUGGGUGAGCCUGUGCGGUGGGAGACCAGCCUACAGCUAAUCCUGGAUAUACUACUGAGCAACGGGCGCCCAACGGCAUGGCUUCCCCAGGUCCCGUACCCUCAUAUCCCUGUCCUUGCCUGUAACAUGGACCUGCAAUGGAUGGCCGAAGCUAAGAACCCCAGGUUUGGGCACGGCACGUUCCUUGUCUGCCUGGAGACUCUCUAUCACAAACUUACUGGGCGGGAGCUGAGGUACGAGGCGCUCAUUGGGAAACCCAGUAUGGUGACGUAUAGUUUUGCAGAGCACCUUAUUCUGGAGCAGGCGAUGAAGAGGGGAUGGGAUGCACCUAUCCGCACACUGUACGCUAUUGGGGACAAUCCAAUGGCAGACAUCUACGGGGCCAAUCUCUACAAUCACUUCCUAACGAGCAACCGGGGGAAGUCCGAGGAUGGGCUGCCCCACAGCUGCCGGUCUAUCCUGGUGUGCACUGGGGUGUACGGCAAUCAGGGGGAGGUGCCAACUGACACACGGGAGAGCGUGACCCAGACCGUCUUCCAUGGGCACCGAGACUUCCGACUAGACCCCACCUUGGUGGAGGCAUCGCACAUUGUGAAAGACGUGGAACAUGCUGUGAAUUUGGUGCUGAGGGAAGAGGGUUGGGUCUCAGAGAGUGAAGGAUUAGAGAGUGCGAGUGAAUGAAGCAGGGGGGUCUGAAGGGAAUGAAAGGUAACAGAAGGGAAUGAACGGUAUUAGAAUGGGGGAGGGGAAAUCCACAAUAUUUGUUUGGAUGAUAUAAGAAGAGAUCAAUGGUAACAGAACAGGAGGAAUAGUACUAUUUUACUGGUUUUAGCAUGAAUAGAGGGACAUUCUCCCUGGGGCCCUAAGAAGGGCCAAUUUUACAGAAAAUGUAUGGGUUUAAUAAUAUAAUUCAGUAUGGUUAUUGUUAAAUGUUUAAGCAUUUAGUUCACAGGGGUCCAGCUUGCAGCCUAUCCACUGUCCUUGAACUAGAACUUCCUGCACCCUGGCAGUCGAAAGCGAUCGAGGGUUCUGGGAGUUGUAGGUCACCAACAGCUGGAAGGCAAGUGAAAAGGGUGAAGUAUAGGUACAAGAUGGCUGUCUGGCAAAAGAAAAACUGAACAACAAAUGUUAUUCUUCCUGUCUCAGGGGAACCACCGUCUGUAACUGGGUUACACCAGAAGCACAAAGUGCCUUUGUUCUGGUGUGAAACAAUAAAAUACGCGUUGUGAUCUCCA